AUGAAUUUCCCCGGCGGUGGCCCGCUCGGCGGCGGCGGUAUCCCCGUCGUGCCGGGUAUACCCUCCGGGGGCGCGCGGCCGGGUGGUGCUGGCGCCCCCGGGUUUGAUCCGAACGACCCCAAUGUGAAAUGGCUCACAAAUGCCAUGGAAUCGUGCUACGCAAAGACGGCGAUGAGUGGAGUGGCUGGGUUUGCGUUGGGCGGGCUGUUCGGCAUGUUCAUGGCUUCCAUGGCCUACGACACGCCGUUCCACACCCCUGGGGCACCCGGCGGCGUCUCGGGCGUCCCAGGCUCCGCUGCCGCUACUACGAUUUCGUCGCUGCCGCUGAAGAAACAGCUGGCGCAUGGCUUCAAGGAUAUGGGUGCGCGGUCGUGGAGCACGGCAAAGAACUUUGGGGCAGUGGGUGCGCUGUUCAGUGGGAUUGAGUGCGGCAUUGAGGGGCUCCGGGCGAAGAACGAUAUCGGGAAUGGCGUUGCCGCCGGGUGCUUGACGGGCGCGAUACUCGCGAGGAAUGGAGGGCCGCAGGCGGCGGCUGUGGGGUGUGCGGGCUUCGCCGCGUUUAGUGCGGCUAUUGAUGCAUGGAUGAGGAUGCCCAAGGAUGAGGACUGA